AUGGCCCGCAACGAGAAGAAACGCGCUAACGAGAGCUCCGUCGACAACGCUGACGUUCGCGCUAAGAAGAAGACGUUGAAGGACACAUCUGAGCCGGCCAGGAUGGGUCGCCCACGAAACGUUGGAGACUCGCAGUACGAUCUUAUCAUCAGCGGGCUUCCCGAUUAUCUCGCGGAGAAGCAGAAGAAAAAGGAGGGCAAGAAGAGCGACGUCACUAAAGUCUUCAACGAUAAGACGUUCGAGUUCAUCGCGCACUUCGGUUGGAAGAACCCGCUGCGCGAGGCGCCGAAGGUCGUCAGUCCACCGAGCGCGGAGGCCAUCGAAGCUGUGAAGAAGGAGGCGCAGGAGUCGGCUCGCAUUGUCGGUGACGCUGCGGCAACGAGCGAGGACUUGUUGCAGGAGCACAAAAGGAGAGACCAGAUCGUAACUGAUGAGAUCACCAAGAUUUACCAAAGGGCUGUGCGCCAGGGCGACAGCGCGCCGAAGACGUCCUUGGAUAUCCCGAAACUGAUCAAGUCCGUUAUGUCCAAGCCGUCGCUGCGGCAACUUUAUAUGGUUUGGGCCAAGAUGCAGCCACGCCCGGAACUGGAGCUGGAGGUAGACCGCCGACACGCUGCCGCGAUCGAGGUGAAAGGCGAAGACGCGCCGUCACGUGGUGCUAUGUGGAACGUCGUCGCGGCUGAGUGGUAUAGCGCGUGCAGUGAAGAGGAGAAGACCGCGACGCGUCAGGAGGCUCAAAAGUUCCUAGAAGAGGAGCACAAGAAGUGGGAAGACCAAUCGGCAAGCACGCCUUCGACGCCUGAAGAGGCGCUCGAGUUCAUGGAGGGCUCGCAGGAUUUUUUGAAGGCCAUGAUGAAGUUCUUUGCGAAUCGCGUGUCGGGUAUUGCCGUCAUGUUCUUGGCCGGCCCAACAGACGGUAGCAUAUCCGAAGCCGUGUGCGACAUACCGGGUCAACCGAACUUGCUUUACAGCCAAAUUGCAGAAGAGGAGACCACGUUAUGGCUUAUGGGCAAUCGUAUCAAAGAACAAGCUCGCAAGAUGAACGAGUCUAAAUGGGACUUGCGGGGCGAAGACGAGCGCGCGACGUCCGACGCCGACGGGGUAGCACCGUUCAGCGAGAGUUGCAUAGAUCCUGCCCUGAGGGAGGCGACACAGACUUCUCCGUUGAACGAAGAGACAAACGCCGCAGCAGCUUGCGCAAGCCCUGCCACUAUGCCGACGCAGAGCGCUGCCAUCAGUCCGGCCCAGGACGCAGCCGAGCGAGAAGUCACGACGCGCUCAGAUGACGCGGAGGCGACAUCCCAGCAGCAAGACCAAGAAUCUAGCGCUCGCGCCAUCGCGGUCGCAGCUGCGUCGGCGAAGUUGCAGGAAGCGCAGGCCAAAGCGCUGGCUGCGAGGGCAAUGGCCGACGCGGCAAACGCGGAGGUUGAAGCAGUAAAAGCUGCUGCGUUGGCUUUGGAAGGCACCGUUGGCCGGCCGCGUUCGACUGACGAGCUCGCGCGGGUCGAACUUGCGCGGACGAUAGACGCCUCCCCCGCUCCAGUCGAGAACCGUCUUCGAACUCCAACCGCUGGCGAAGCCGAGGUCGAAGUUGCGAGCGGCAAAGCUAGCGCGCUCGAUGUUGCGACAGCCGUUGACGAACCGAGCCUGACCAACGAGCCAGAGCGGAUGGAGGUCGACCGCCCAGUAGAGGCGUCUGAUUCGGAACACGCCGGCGCUCCUAGUGAUACCAUCCCCUCUAUAGCAUUCGACGUUUGCGCAUUGUUGAAGGAUCUAGACUCAGCAGAGUCUAGGUACAUCUCUGCGUACAAUGAAACGCUGCUUGCGCUUAUGACGAAGAAACCUUGGUGGUCGGAGACCAAUAACGAAGCGUUUUUCAAAGCGCUGCCUUCAAAGCUGAGGCGUGGCGGAGUCGACGUUGCUAUCGGAUGCGAAUUGGGUAUCGCCUACUUUGGAUUCGAGCGAAGCGCUGCAGAGGAGCGCACGCUAGGCUUGUUCGCCGACAAACUGAUGGACGUUGAAGUCCCAGAAUAUUUGGCCAAGUUCGGGGAGAAGGGGAGGGUGUGGAACGCGCGAUGGCACCAGAGAGCAAAACCUAGUGAGGCGAGGAAGCGGACUGCCCUCGAUUGGGACGUACACGUCACAUUCCCUCGCCUUUGGGCUUCAUUGCAACCUCCCGCUCGACUGAACGAGCGCGGUAGUAUAGCCAUGCCGGCGCAUGCGUCCAUGGUUUGGUCUCCCGAUGUGGCUGCCGGGAAGGAAGGUGUGCGUGCUCUUGUUGCCACCGUCUUGAAUUGGGGGUCCAACGCGGGAGCCGAGCCGAGUGAAGUAGGACAAUGGCGGUAUGUUGCGGCCGACAUGGCGCAGGUGCUGCAUGUGCUGGCUGGACAGGCGGGACAGCCUCAGAUGACAGAGGAAUCGGUGAAGCGUGUCAAGUGCGGAAACGGCGGCGACAACGGCGGAUGGGGAAAUGGCAACAACAAUGGCGGAUGGGGAAACGGCAACAACAACGGCGGAUGGGGAAACGGCAACAACAACGGCGCAUGGGGAGACGGCAACAACGAUGGGUGGGGAAACGGCAACAACAACGGCGGAUGGGGCAACAACAUCAACGGCGCAUGGGGAAAUGGGAACGAUAACGCUGGGUGGAAUGGAGGGCAGAACGACGCUCAAGCGGCAGGACAGGCGGCUGGUGGAGAGGUCGCUCCCGAGACGGAAGACGGCGCGGACGUCGAGCUUCCUCCCGUAUCAACGAGUAAGCUUACACAACUUCUCUUAGCUAUCGCCCUCGCUGAACUUCUGUCAGCUCUUGUCAAUCCGGAGGCAGCUGGAUUGCUCCAUCUCGACAUGAUAAUCUACAUCCUUAUUUCGUUUUUGCCGCCGUUGGACGAGUUACCGCUCACAAUCCUGGGAACGCUACUCAGCACGCAGUGCCUCAUCACGAUAACGUCGGCUAUGGCAGCGUCGCGCGUCUGGUACAGCGCAGCUAUGAUGACAUGCGCAUUGUGGGGCGGUCUUAUGGUGCUGGCAAGGUCGGAACGGCAAUGGAUCGCACUGAAUGCGCUGGCUCGCGAUGCGCCAAGACGGCUCCUAUACACCGAUCGGCUACCCAACGCGCUGCAGGAUUCUGUGUUACACUUAGCUCGCGCUGUUUACGCUCCUGCACUCUCUACGUGGCGCCAUUGGGGGGUCGCGCUACAAGGCCGCGCGAUGCCAUACGUAGAAACUCUUCUACUCGGCCCCAACGAGGACUCGAAGCCCCCCGGUCGACUACCAAGUCCCGACCAGCCUGUAUUCGCCCCAAGGCUCAGGAAGCUCCGCAUAUCGUCGCCUUCCGUGGUGUUAGCAUGGAGGCUUCAGUCGUUCGUGGCGUUGAACUUCGCCCCCGACCAAAUUGUCGUCGCCAUCAGGGAAAUGCCCUACCUUGUUCACCUGGAGAUUCGCCGCGUGAUCUCGGACGACGCCGUAGACUGGACUGCACUCCUGUCAGAGGGGACGUGGAGUAUGUUGGAGCACCUCACCAUCGUAUGCGACGCGCACCAGCAUCAGGCAUUGGCCUACCGUUCGACUCCCGUUUCUACGCCUCGUCUGCGCGGGAUGUACGUGACCUGCGCCGUGCUAGUGGAUGCUCCUUGGCUGAAAAACCUUCACGCGGUUCGUGUGCGCUACGUGGAUUAUGCGCGUAUACUGCAACGCGCACAUUCAGUCGUGUCUACUACACUACGCGGCUCCACUAGCGUGCGACUACCAAAUGUCUACUCCAACGCUUGGCCCACGACUACGGUGCUUCUGGAUGCGCUGGAGAGCGUCAGAAUCUACGGCGACGUAUGCGAUCACAAGGGCGACCUGUUCUCGGCCAUCUCUAUCCCGAACGCACGUGAAAUACGCUUGCUAUGCGACAUGUCGGCGCCUCCAAACCAUCAGGCAGUGGUAGAGAUCGGCGCGCUCUUACGCAUGGUCCUACGCCUGAACUCGGAUGUCCCUGAGUUGAUGAGGGCGUUGCAGCACGCUAGGCGAGGCUUCAGACUUUCUGGUCACCCGGACCUAUCAUCGUCCGUAGAACGUCUAAUGCGCGAAUUUCUUCAGUUGCCGCCUGCAGAGAGGAGGGUCGGGGUUCAAGAUUUAGCGGACGAAGUAACACGGCGCAUGGACGACCCCAUCGCGUCUCAAGCCGACGUUGCGCUACGCGCAGCCGUAGAGGCAGUUGCUCAGGCUCUCGACGUAGACGUUGCCCAAGCUCAAGAGCACUCGGAUGCGCGCUUGGUCAUCGAGGGCAUGACGGACGGCAUACACUACACCACGACGUUAUCCAAUCGCCGCGGCUACUCGCAGACGUUUCUCGUUUGCAUGACCCAGCCCAGAACGGUCGUCGGGUUGUCUGGAAGUGCUACGUGGGAGCGGCGAGACUCUCUGACCCUGGCCGCCUCUCGAAUGCUAGAGAGUCUUCGACCGUUCGCUGUGAGAAACAUCCAUCUCAAGAAGGGUUGCGUCGACGCAUUCGCAACGUCAACCCGGACCUACGAAGACGUCAACGCUCUUGCUUCAACUCUUGCACGGUACACAGCGCUGCAUACCUUGCAUUUCACGUUCGGUUUAGCCACCGUCGGUCGCGCCCUCGUGCAGGCCCUAGAUUGGCACAACUUACCUGCCCUGUCUACCAUACGUGUAGAAGCUCCUGAAGUCGACAGCGCGACACCCAGCCAUACUGAGUGGUUCGAGGAGUUGGAAGCCGCCUUGGCGCGUCGGACGGCGAAGGACCGCCGUUUGCAGCUUCUCGAGAUCAGAGGCGGCCUCUGCUUAUGCCAAUUAUGGCUCGAGCGUAUUCGCUCUUUGGUGGACGUAUUGGAUGCGCAGGCUGCUUGCACUAAUGGUAUAAGGGACGUGUGCAUCUUCUGCCGUCCGGCGGCGGUUGCCGAGUUCUGGCCAUAA